AUGACUGCCACGCGGAUAUUACCAGUAGAGUACAAUAUCGAUGAACAUUUUGUAGAGACCUCAUCAGUGCCCACAAAAGUAAUAUAUCUCUACCUGUCCCUAAUGGCUGCAAGACCAAAGUAUUACUUUGCCUGGACCCUUGCCGAUGCUAUCAAUAAUGCUGCAGGAUUUGGAUUCCAGGGCUAUGACAAAAAUGGAGAAGAAAACUGGGAUCUGGUUUCAAAUCUGAACAUUAAACAAAUAGAGUUUUCAACAAGCUUUAAGAUGUUUAUUGAUAACUGGAACAUACAGACCGCACUGUGGCUCAAGAGAGUAUGUUAUGAGAGAGCCACCUACAGUCCUACAGCUCAAACUUUUCUACUAUCAGCUAUAUGGCACGGCGUAUAUCCAGGAUAUUACAUGACCUUCUUCACUGGCAGUUUGAUGACACUGGCAGCCCGAAAUAUUAGAAACAAUGUCCGACACCAUUUUCUACGGUCUCCUGAACUCAAGUUUGUAUAUGAUGUCAUGACGUGGAUGGCAACACAAGUGGCAAUCAGCUAUACUGUGGCACCAUUUGUGCUCUUAUCAGUAAAACCUUCUCUACAGUUUUACAGCUCCUGGUACUACUGCCUCCAUUUUGUGUGCAUAUUGGUGCUGCUGACUAUGCCAGCUCGUGCCCGGAAAAAAAGAAGCACAGAAAAGGAAUCCAUUGCUCCCCUUCUAGAAAAAACAAACAGUGAAGAACCUAUUUCUGAACAGAACAGCCAUGCUACGACAAACAACAACAGCAGUCAGCGAGAAGAGACAGCCUGGAGACGCCCCAGUGCCCCCCAAUGA